AUGGCCGUUUUUGGGGGGAUCCCUCUCUUCUAUAUGGAGCUUGUGCUGGGCCAGUACCACCAAAAUGGAUGCAUUUCCAUAUGGAGGAAAAUAUGCCCGAUUUUCAAAGGGAUCGGGUACACCACCCGCAUCAUUGCCUUCUACACGGCCUCCUACUACAAUACCAUCAUGGCCUGGGCGCUCUACUACCUCAUCUCCUCCUUCACCGACCACCUGCCCUGGACCAGCUGCGAGAACUCUUGGAACACUGGCAACUGCACCAACUACUUCUCAGGGGGCAACAUCACCUGGACACCUGACUCCACGUCCCCUGCUGAGGAGUUUUACAUGCGCCACGUGCUGCAGAUCCACCAAUCUAAAGGACUCCAGGACCUGGGCGGCAUCAGCUGGCAGCUUGUCCUCUGCAUCAUGCUGAUCUUCACUGUUAUCUACUUUAGCAUCUGGAGAGGCAUCAAAACAUCUGGCAAGGUGGUGUGGGUGACAGCCACCUGCCCUUACAUCAUCCUUUUGGUCCUGCUGGUGUGGGUGGAUGCUGCCUCUCAGGUCUUUUUCUCCCUUGGUCCUGGCUUUGGGGUCCUACUGGCUUUUGCUAGCUACAACAAAUUCAACAACAACUGUUAUCAAGAUGCCCUGGUGACCAGUGUGGUGAACUGCAUGACGAGCUUCCUUUCAGGAUUUGUCAUUUUCACAAUGCUCGGAUAUAUGGCUGAGAUGAGGAAGGAAGAUGUGUCGGAGGUGGCCAAAGAUGCAGGCCCCAGCCUCCUCUUCAUUGCAUAUGCAGAAGCCAUAGCCAACAUGCCAGCAUCCACGUUCUUUGCCAUCAUCUUCUUCUUAUUGUUGAUCACACUGGGCUUGGAUAGCACGUUUGCAGGCUUGGAGGGGGUGAUUACAGCUGUGUUGGAUGAGUUUCCACACAUCUGGUCCAAACGCCGAGAGUGGUUUGUGCUCUGUGUGGUCAUUACCUGCUUCUUCGGGUCCCUAGUCACCCUGACUUUUGGAGGGGCUUAUGUGGUGAAGCUUCUGGAGGAAUAUGCCACGGGGCCCGCCGUGCUCACUGUGGCACUGAUAGAAGCAAUUGCUGUAUUCUGGUUCUACGGCAUUACUCAGUUCUGCAGUGAUGUGAAGGAAAUGCUGGGCUUCAGCCCUGGAUGGUUCUGGAAGACCUGCUGGAUAGCCAUCAGCCCUUUGUUUCUCCUGUUCAUCAUUUGCAGUUUUUUGAUUAGCCCGCCACAUCUACAACUAUUCACGUAUACUUAUCCUUACUGGAGUGUCAUCUUGGGCUACUGCAUAGGGACCUCCUCCUUCAUCUGCAUCCCCACAUACAUCACAUACCGGCUGGUCAUCACUCCGGGGACACUGAAGGAGCGUAUUAUCAAAAGUAUCACUCCAGAACCAUCAACAGAAAUUCCUGGUGGGAACAUCCGCUUGAAAAACUUAUAAAACACUUCAAUGAGAGGAAAGUGGCUUCCUAACAACCUCUUCCUCCAGUUCUGACAAGUCACACCUCUUCUCCCUCUGAGUCAAUGAUUUUCAACCAGCAGGCAGCAAGAAUUUAAAAAAACAUGUAAUACCUGACUAUCUAGUCAGGGGCACUGACCUCUUUUCCCUAAGACUGUCAAAUAAAAAUAUGACAACAGCUAAUACAGUAGCUGUCCAGUGUGACUGAAUCAAAAUCAUAUGUGUUUUCAAUGAUUAGUAAUGUUAAGCAUCAUUUCAUAUGUCUAUUGUCGAUCUGUAUGUCCUCUUUGGAGAAGUGUCUAUUCAGGUUCUUUGCUAAUUUUUUAAUUGGGUUUUAUUUUUUGGUGUUGAGUUUUAUAAGUUCUUUAUAA